UGCCCGCAAUGAAAACAAACGAAUUUUUUUAUCAAGAAAUUUAAUCGUAGUAACGGUAAGGACCUUCAACGUGCGGCCGCAAGGACCAUGGCUUUUUGUGCUCCGCUUGCUAAACAUUAAGAACUUUUCGUAAAACAAUGCACAAUAUCGGAGGCUACCAACGGAUCGAGAAGAUUGGGGAAGGAACGUACGGUGUCGUUUACAAGGCAAAGGACAUCAACACCCAGAAAUAUGUAGCUCUCAAACGGAUAAGACUGGACAGCGAGAGCGAAGGCGUCCCCUCAACGGCUAUUCGGGAGAUCUCUCUGCUGAAAGAUUUGCAGCACCACUCAAUCGUGGAGCUGUUCGAUGUGGCCGUCAUGGAUUCGAGCAUUUAUAUGAUCUUCGAGUAUCUGGACAUGGACCUGAAGAAGUUGCUAGAUAAGUACAAACCAUCCUUCACGCCAAAGUUAGUCAAAAGCUACAUGCACCAGAUGUUGGACGCAAUAGCAUUCUGUCAUAUGCAUCGAAUUUUACAUCGGGACCUCAAACCGCAGAAUUUACUGGUGGACCGUGAUGGUCAUCUAAAGCUAGCAGAUUUUGGCUUGGCCCGGUCAUUCAAUUUUCCCAUGCGCACCUACACUCACGAAGUAGUGACGCUGUGGUAUCGAGCACCGGAAAUUCUGCUGGGAACGAAAUUCUACGCCACCGGAGUGGACAUCUGGAGUCUGGGAUGUAUCUUUGCGGAGAUGAUUUUAAGGCGGCCGCUUUUUCCCGGUGAUAGUGAAAUCGACCAGCUCUAUCGCAUCUUUCGCACUAUGGGCACUCCGGACGAGAAAAGCUGGCCUGGUGUGUCACAACUUCCAGACUAUAAGCAAACGUUUCCUAGCUGGAGCACACAACCGAUCCCGAAGGAAAUUUCGCUCUGCAAGGCGCAAGAUCUGUUCCGACAGUUGAUGGUUUACGAUCCUAUCAAACGAAUCUCGGCGCGGAACGCAAUGGUGUUGCCUUAUUUCGAUGACGUGGAGUUAGUCGCCCCUGGAAUUUAGUGUGAUUUACAGUGGGACUAUAGAAACUGUGCUGCCGACCUGAAACGUUUGUGAUAAACUUUCUUUACAUAAAGGUAUUUUAGAGCAAAUGUUCCGAUUAGUGCUGUAUCACGGGAAUGUUCUAGUUUGAUAUAUUUCACAGGGCAGUUUUCCUAUGCCGUGUUCUUGUGGUUUGUUUCUUUGCUCUCGGAGAAAUAAUUUUGGGGCAUACUUUAUGCAGUCAUUGGCAUUCAAGCUAGGGACAAGAGGAAGUCUGGUAAAUCAUCAAUUCCAAAAACACACAAUGAAAACGAAAAGGUUUCAAUGACACGGAAAAAGAAACGACUCGAAAGUAAUGCAUUUCACAAAAGUAAAUAGAAUUAAAUCUAUCGUUACUAUAAAAAUAAUUUAUUCUUGCUGAUAUCUACAAAAGUACAUUGAAAAUAAAUAGG